AUGGCAAGUGGAGGCUUUGAGACUUCAUUUGGCCACUUCCUCUCCUUCAAGCCUUUCAAGUCGCCUUCAUCAACCUUGUCUCUUUUCCAAACUCGCCCCGUAGGGAUGGAUCCCCAUGUCGUAGCAGGAGAUUCACCCAAUCUGGAUCGACCAGCAUCAAACCAGCCCGCCAGCGCCAAUACCGCCGCUGCUCUCCCGGCUGCGCAAGGGCCAGAUCAUGGCUGGCAUCCAUGGCACUCCGUUGUAGGCCUGAUGGGAUACGGAAGUAGAGGAACAUUAUUGAGGAAGCAUGCAUUCACACUCGCAUUCAAGCUGGUACUGGGUAUUGCUCAGAUUACAGCAAUAGCCGUCCUAUCUGCGAUCUCUGCUCGGACUCAAAGUCCUACGAAGCCGGGUAUCACUGAGUGGGAAGCCUGCGAUCGUCCACUAGGUGCAUGGCUCAUCGUAUGGGCAGUCAGAGUAGCACUCGGUUUAGCAAUAAGUAUAUAUAGCUUCAUUCUGAUACGCCCGGGCCUACUAGAGUUCACUUAUGAUCCCGCAAAUGGAAUCGAAGAGAAUGCUGUUCCAAAUAAUCAGACACUGCCGCCACCCGUUGGUCCACUAAACGGUCCUGGCCAGCCCCAGUUCAUCCAUGCAGGCCGCGUACAUCCAGUGCCGCGUGCCCUUCAGUCCUUCACCACUAUUCUCAGCUUUUUAUCCUUGGUUUGGUUCAUUGCGUCACAUAUCCUC